CUUUCUAGUUCCCCCACCGUGGCUUGUUUCAGUAUUAAAAUAUGUUUUAAUAAAUAUAUUAUUUUUUUUGAUAGUUGUUUUCCUAGCCCUUAAAUUAUUUAUACAAUUCAAUCAAUCACUUGUUUUAAAAAAGGAAUCUUGCUUAUAUACCCAAUUGCUGUUUACCAAGAUUCUAUUAUUUAAAUAUACAUUCUGGGCUGGAUCACAUUUAUAUAACCAAUAAUAUGAUUGAUUUUAACUAAAAUAUUUCGAUUUUAACUGAUGUUCGUAUUAUAACUUUCCAAAUGUUUCUAAUUGGAAAUAAAUAAAAUAGCAUAUGAGAUCUUAUUUAUGCCUGAUUCAAUAAUAAUCGCAUACCAACUUGUAAUUCGUCUGUUUAAAUGGAAAUGGACAGAAUGGGAAAGGUCUCUUUACCAAUACACAGAAAAAGGAAAAUUGGUCUUACUGGAGAAAGGCACCGAAUACUCAAUUUCAAACAUUUUGUUGCCCUGAAGGAGGACCAAAUUUCACCUGAAAAAGCGUUUCAAGAAUAUUCCAAAUACCUGUUAGAUUUUCUCAACAACGAAAUCACACUCUACUUCGAUAAAUACGAGCACUUGCCGUUUUUCCUUGAGAAAUUCCACCCCUAUUACCUCGAGAAGGGGUUCGAGUUAUCUCGGGCGUCGUUUCUGCACGUGAGUUCUCAGUUUCUAUCGAACUUCGAGUCUGGGAAAUUCAACGAGUUGCUCCUCGAAAUAAGUUACAGGAGGCUGUACGGCAAAUCCUCAACAGAGGAACACCCACUGCCAGAGUCGGCAUACACACUAAACGAGUGGGCGUUGGAAGUCCCAGUUGAAUACCCCGUGGACCAAAGUGCCUUUAGGAAACUGCAUCUUAAGACUCCGCUUGAGACUUCUUUGCUGGUGGAUGUGCCCUCAUCGGUUUUCAUCUUUCAGCUGGUCGACGUACUUAACCCUUACUACCAGAAUCUCCCAAUAUACUUUGCAGAGCACGAUAAGAUCAGAACAGCCUUCAUCACAGUCCCCGAAAGUGAGGACCUGAACCAAGUAUCAGACUUUCUAAACUCGCAGAAGAUCAAGCUUGAGGACAUUGUGCUGGUUUUCAGGCCAUGUAAUCCAAUUAGGGAAAAAUUACCCUUGUUCAUUUGCCCACCAAUAUGCUCUCAUCCCACAAUUAUUAAUCGUGAUCUCAAUCUCACUGCAAAAUUAAUACGAAAACUAGAUUCUGAGAUGGGGAAGACAGAUAAUCAUUUGCCUGAUUUGUUACCAGAGGACUUGGAUGUUAGGCUUCGUCUGGAUCUACAGCUGUUGUACCUUAGGAAGAUCCACAGCUACUGUUAUUACGGCAAGUACAAGACGAACAAUUAUGUGGACCUUUGGGACUCAAGUGGACCUGGCUACGUUAGGGUGGAUCUGACCAACGACUUAUACGAUAAGGAGGAAGGUGUGUUUGGACAAACCCCGAGGAUCAGAUUCGCAACGUUUGAAACUUCUAAAGACCAACUCAAGGAGUUUAACGAGACCUUCGAUUGGGAACAAGAACUUAAGGACAGUUGCACAGUGUCAGAACAACAGCUGUUAUGGAUAAAGGAUGUUGAGUCCUUUGCGAAAAAGAUCCUCGAGACGGAUUUGGCACCUCCGAAGUUUGAGCUGUCAGAGUCUGUCGAGGAGAAGUGGAAGCAGUUUUGUAACCUAAACACCUUGAUUGACGCACCAGAUAAGUUCAGAUGUAAACUCUGCAGUAAGCUCUUCAACGACGCCAAGUUCGUAUGGAAACACCUCAAAAAGGUGCACGGCGAGUCUUAUAACCAGGUAGUGGUUGAGUGCGGGGUACCCAAGAUGCGAGAACUCUUCUUCGACGCCCACAGAGAUACGAGGUCAAACCCAUUUGAAAAUUUAGUCACCUUGCCAAUAAUACAAAAGCCAAAGUCUAACUUUGACAACGCAACGAAAGAAUUUUUCAAAAAGGUUGAAAUCCCACCUCCAGAUAGGAAAAAAAGACCCAGAGAUUAUUACGAUUUCGAUGAACCAAAACUCAAAAAGGAAUUUGUAACAUUUGCCCCUGAUGAGUAUUCGAGACCAAGUGUUAAAUAUGACGAUCUUUAAAAUAAAUGCAUUUUAUUCAUUAAUUUUUAAAUCCUAA